UAUUUUGGCGCUCUGGUCGCUGCCACACUGUGUGUACGGAAAAUGAUGGAGUUCGGGAAAUCGUCGGAGCAUUCCCAGCACAGCGCCUCCGAGGCGUCGGCGGACUCCGGCAGCCUGGCCAAUAGCGAUCUGGCCGUGACGCCCACCAAGCGAGAGCGACGUAAGUCACCGGCGACCAGUUCUGACAACACCAGCACUAGCGUCCAACCGCCCAUGUCACCUUCAUCCUCGGUGGCGGACACUACCUUUGAGCCCACCAUAGAUAUGAUGGUCAACGAUUUUGACGACGAAGCCACGCUGAACGAGGAGGAGGCUCUGGCGGAUAUGGAGGCGCAUAGCGCCGAGGACGAGAUAGCUACGCUGCGGGAGGAGAGCGAAAUGCCCAUCGAGGAGCUACUGGCAAAGUAUGGUGGAACGGCUGCUUCACCCGCGGUCAGUAGCUCCAACCGUUCUGGUAGUAGCUCGCGACGUGCUCGUCGAGCCACCAAGCGUCAGUAUCAGGAACUGGACACGGAGAUGGCUCAUAUGUCCAACUCCACUUCCAGCAGCGCCUCGCAACUGGAAAAACUCGACAGCUUGGAACAAGAGGAACCAAAGGAUUUGCCGGACAAGCAGACGUCUCUUCUUGAGUCGGGAGAAGCUUCAUCCAUGGAUACAGAGGAGGCACCACCUUCUGAAGGCUCAAAUAAGCAACACCGGUCCCACUUGCUGGACCUAUAUCCAGAUGAAUCCUUCACUGGUCUAACGCCCACCUGCGGUGACGAGACCGAAAGAUUCACUCCUCUGCAGACUCUGUUUGAUGAAGUGGAGGCGGAAGAGGAGGGGGAAAGCGAGUCCGAGUUGGAUGAUGCCAGAAAGAUAAUAAUGGUGGGCAACGACUAUCAGGCUGAGAUUCCCGAGGGACUCUCGCAAUAUGGCGACAUAUUGCCAUACGAGAACGAGGAUCAGUUGAUCUGGGAACCCAGCCAAGUCAGCGAGCGCGAGGUGGAGGAAUACUUAGCAAAGAUACAGGAAACACGAUCCAUAGUUCCACCGGAAGGCGGAGAAGAAGCUGCAGUCAUUGAGGAGACUGCAGCUACAGGUGCUUCUGCCGAACCACUGCCUCCUGUUCCCGCUCCGUCAACGCCCUCAAAGGCGCCGCCUGCACCCAGUUCCACUGGCGAUCAGGAGCUGGUGAUCAAGGACAACGAACAGGCGCUCCAUCUACUCGUCCAGUGCGGCUACGAUUUCAAGGAGGCCCUGCGGCGCAAGCGCAUGAAUGUCCUGCCCUUGACUGACACAAUGAGCAGCUGGUCUGAGGACGAGUGCCUGAAGUUCGAGGAAGGCAUCCAGCGAUUUGGCAAGGACUUCUAUCAAAUUCGACAGAACCAGGUGCGCACCCGGACCAUGCGCGAGCUAGUCCAGUUCUACUACCUGUGGAAGAAGAGCGAACGUCGCGAUCAAAGCUUUGCUUUAAACGACACCAUCGAUCACAUGGACGUCUUUAUCAACGAGGCGGGUGCUGGUAAUGGAAGUGGUAAUGGAAAUGGUGCUGGAGCAGUAGGCGAAGCUGCAAAUGGGAAUGGUAGCUGCUCCCCGCACAGCAGCAAUGGUCAUAGUAAUGGUGACAUGUCAGCCCUGGAGAAAGAUGCCGUCUCUUGUCCGCGUAAGCCCGCCUCGAAAAGUUAUUCCAUUAUGACUGGUAGUCAUGCGGCAGGAAAUGCGUCUGGAGGUAUCCGCAAGCGGGGCAGUUCUGCUUCUGUACCACUGGAAGACGAGGAUAAUAACGUCGACGAGGAACCCAACCUGGCCGCUGUGUAAACGACACCCCUAUCAUCAUCAUCAUUAUCACUACCGAGCGCAGGCGCUUUCGAUUCGGUUAAGCCAGGCGAAGUAUUAGCAGGGCGCUUCAUUACCAUUACCACUCACUAUAAAUAUACAUAUUGUACGUGUAGUAUAUACCAUAUGUCUAAACAUAUAUAUUCCAGAUUCUUAAAUCGACAUCUCUCAUACCCCGUAAAGAAUUUCUCUAUUGUUAAGUGUGCGAUUUGUCUAUUUGUUACGUGUGCGAGUGGAUUCCGGAACCAAGUACUUAUCGCUUAUAUAUACAAUAUAUUUUCGCUCAAUCCUUGAGUUUCGUUGAAUGUCAAUAAAUGUAAUUUGUGAAGUAAA